AGGCUAAGUAGACUAUCGUCUGAAAGUUUUGGCUGGCUGCGAUAUCUGAAUCUAAGUCAGGUCGGGAAUUUUUGGGGCUGCCCCCGUAUGUUUCUUGUUCCUGUUUGGCGACCUUUGUACCAUAUUCCAUAACCUAUAACCUUUUAUGUUAGAUUUAAUGGGAAAAUUUCUAGUAUAUGAUAUUACUGAUAUUACCUACUCAUUAUUUGUGAUAAUACCACAUAGAUACGUGUGAUCAAUACUUUUUCUCAGUGUUAAUUUGUAAUGUUAUAAUUAGGAGCUAAUUUAACUUCAAAAUUAACGGUAUGUUUACAAGAUUAAUUCAAUCGACGUCUUUUAGCACAAUGGUUAACAGAAAAAUUCGUACUGCUUUACUGCAGUUGAAUGUGGGAAGUGAUCGGGAAACCAAUUUAAAACAUGCCGCAAAUAAAAUUGCCGAAGCCAAAAAGGGAGGUGCCGAAUUAGUAGCACUAUCCGAAUGUUUUAAUUCCCCAUACGGUACAAAAUUCUUUGACCAGUAUGCGGAAAUAAUACCCGGUGGACCAUCCUGUGCAAUGCUUUCGAAUGCUGCGAAGGAGCAUGGUAUUUAUAUCGUCGGAGGAACUAUACCGGAACGGUGCGAUUCAAAAUUGUACAACACAUGCACUGUGUGGAAUUCGAAUGGGGAAAUGAUCGCGAAGUAUCGUAAAAUGCAUCUAUUCGAUAUCGACAUACCAGGCGGAAUUACUUUUAAGGAAUCUGAAGCUUUAAGUGCCGGAAAUAAUUUAGUUACGUUUAAAAUCGGGGAUGUUAAGUUUGGUUUAGGUAUAUGUUAUGAUUUGCGAUUUGAGGAGUUGGCCAAAUUGUACAGGCAAGAAAAUUGUGAUAUGCUCAUUUAUCCCGCGGCUUUUAAUAUGACGACCGGACCUUUGCAUUGGGAGCUGCUUCAAAGAUCUCGUGCCGUUGACAAUCAAGUGUUUGUGUGCACUAUAAGCCCAGCAAGGGGUGAGAAGGGUUACAUUGCCUGGGGCCAUACUCAAGUAACCAAUCCAUGGGGGAAAGUGUUAGCGACAGCUAAUUCCAAAGAAGAAAUAGUCUAUUGUGAUUUAAAUCUUUCGGAAUGUGAUGAAGUGCGUCAGCAAAUUCCAGUUUUUCCCCAACGUAGAACUGAUAUUUAUAAUACAAUUUUAACAAAAUAAAAACUGAUUUUUUGUA